AUGUCCUCCGAGGAAAACAAAUUACGACCAACCACAACUGCAGGCGGCCAUGUAGAGGAUCGCCGACAGCCUGCUCUCCCAGUGGUUCAUCGGCGCUUUGCCAACCCUUCGCCACUGGGUCUGCUCUCAUUCGCAACAGGUACCGUACCGUACCGCCCCAACCCAACGGACUUUUUCAUGUACCCCUUUGGCGUCCACGCUCGCGGAAUUCAGACCCCCAAUGUCAUGAUUGCUGUGCUGAUCUUCUUCGGAGGAAUAUGUCAGUACAUUGUCGGAAUCAUGGAAUUCAUCACUGGAAAUACCUUUGGCACAGCUGUCAUCAUGUCAUACGGCGCCUUCAACAUCUCUUACAGCAUGAUUUACCUUCCGGGCUCAGGUAUUAUUGCUGCAUAUGUAGAUGACUCAGGUGCCUUGAGUCCAGACUUCCAGCAGGCAAUUGCCAUGUAUCUAUGGGCUUGGCUCAUUCUGACUGUCAUCUACACUAUUGCCGCAGUCCGAAGCUCUUGGGUUCUUUUUCUCGACCUUCUGGCAUUGGAUGUCUGCCUUGUCUUACUUGCCGUUGGCAACAUGGUAAACAGCACUUCAGUCCUUAAUGCAGGUUAUGCCUUUGGAUAUUUGGUUGCUAUUAUGAGUUAUUGGGCUGGCUGCGCAGGUCUCUUUGCUGGAGGGGUGACUCCAUUCGAGGUUCCCACAUUCCCCAUGUAUAAAGAAGCAUAA